CGGUGCGCGGGCAAUACUCUCACACGUUACCGAAUACACCCUAAAUUUCCUCAUUGUUGCCAGGCUGCAAAUUCCAGUCCGCUGGGUUUCUCUGUUGCGACUGCAUUCCGGACCUGCCGCUUACUCACCCCGUCUGACGCUGACUUGGUGACGACAUCAUCCUCGACAUCCGAUCACAACAAAUCGCUUCCCUGCCCUUCCUCCGACUUCCACGCUUGGAGCUCUAAAAGACAAGACGAUCGCCUCACCGAAUAGGACACAUCAAACGAAGAGAGUGCGCUUCUACUAGACCAAACAUGGCUUCCGUUACGUCCUUGGAUAAGGACCUGCGCAGGUUGCGCCUCGAGAAAUACACUCCCGCAGCAGCCAACGAGGCUCGCGCAUGGAUCGAAGAGACUCUGGGGGAGCCGCUGCCGUCAAAGGAUCUGCUGGAAGGCCUCAAAGAUGGUGUCGCUCUUUGCAAGCUCAUCAAUCUCGUCGCUCCCACCCCCGGCAUCAAGUUCAAGAAGUCAGCCAUGCCAUUCGUUCAGAUGGAAAACAUAUCGCAUUUCUUGCGCGCAUGUCAGGCUCCGCCCUUGAACCUGCAUCAGCACGACACAUUUCUCACUGUCGACUUGUUUGAGCAAAAGGACCCGGCCCAGGUGCUGCAAUGCAUUGGCGCAUUCAGCAGAGCCGCAAACGCCGCCAACCCCAAGAACUUCCCGAAUCCCAUCGGGCCCAAAACAGGGAAACUUGGAGUCACAGAUACCAAUGUUAGACCAACGAGCUCGGGCAGCCAGUCGGUCAGCAGUUGGAGCAAGAAGGAGCAUGAAGGUUCAACAGCCCCGGCCUGGAAUAUUGCACAAUAUGGCUAUAUGGGUGGCGCCAGUCAGGGCAGCAUGGGAGUUGCUUUUGGGGCUCGCAGGCAGAUCACUAGUAGUGCGCCUCAGGUACCAAGUUUGGCCGAAAAGGAGCGCAUCAGGAAAGAGAAAAUAGCGGAAGAAGAACGCCAGCGACAAGAAGCCCAAGCCCGGCGCCAAGCCCAGCUGGAAGCCGAAGAACGUGCUCGUGCCGAGGAAGAGAAACGAUGGGAAGCAGAGACGGAGCGACAGAGGGAAGAAGAACGCCGCAAGGUCCUGGAGGAGAAGCAGAAAUGGGAGGAGCAGGAGCGACAGUGGAAACAGACCGAAGAUAAGCGCCGAAAGGAAGAAGCUGAGGCUGAGGCUCGCGUCGAGGAAGAGCGGCGCCGUGCCAGAACCCGCAGCCCUGCUAAGCUGCGUGGGCAAUACUUGAGCCAAUACCAAGCCGAGCAGGCUAACGCUGAGAAGGCCGAGACCGAUGAAUCAAUGCAAAAGGAGCGGAUUCAUGAGGCACGACAGCGUGAGGCCGAAUAUGAGCGUGACCGCCAGGAGCGAGCCGCUGACGGUAAAGUGCCUGAUUCGCCGGUUCGACUAAGAGGCCGGCCAGGCGAGCCGCGAAGCCCCAGGGGGGCGGGCAAUACUUCGCAGCUAAACCGCCACGAGUCUUGGUCGCAGGGUGAGCGCGAGGUCCUCCAUACCAAGUGGAAGCAGCAUCAAGGAGACUUGAAGGAGGAUGACCGAGAGGGACUGGCGUCAUCGCCGCUGCCCAGGUCUCCGCGCCCUCUACCCAAUCCCAGCACCGCUCCGGGCGGACGGCCACUGCCUGAUCCAGCCAAAUACUCUUCUCCUCCGAGAGAAGCGCCACAGAGUCGCACAGACCGCUUCCUGGCAUCCAACCCGGCGCCCAUGCCGUUUGUGGCCCAGCAGACUUAUGCUCGAGAGCUCGGCGCCACGGAGGAACGUGAUGCCGAGGAUCAGCGUCGAAUCCAGAGCCAGGACAAGACCAAGGCGGCCGGCUGGGCGUCCAAGUCGUUGCUCGAGCGCGAGAAGGACCUGGAAAGACAGCGACAGAAGGAGUGGGAGGAGGCCCAGAAGGAGACGGCAGCCAUUAAGCGGGGCGACAGCGGCGUUGACGGCAUUGGAGGCGGGAUUGAUGGUCGAUGGGACGUCAGCCAAUGGAGCGGCUACACCGGCGGUGAUGGCCAGAACAAAGGAUCGCAGGGCAUCGGCGCUGGUCGGAGGCAAAUCGUAGGGCCACGACCUCUACCGCGGUAG